GUUACAAUCUUUUUGCAACAAUCCGGGCGAGAAACUGUUUCAGUAGGACUGGCUGAGUUUGCCAGGAAAAGGGAAUGGCUUCAAGACGUAUUCAGUGGGCGACGCUGAAGGCAUUCCCCUUUGCUGGCAGCAACAUGGCACUUCCUUGGCAGAGGAAGGGGAGAAAUCCCAUUCAGUCCCAAGGCAGCCGAACGUGUUGUUUACCAUGAUGUUUUCCUCCUAGAUAACAAGAAUCUUGAAAAAUGUCAUUACAAUUAAGGAUGCUGCCAGAAUGGGAACUGUAUUUUUACCUCUUUGUUUCUUUUGGCUUUCAUUUUUAUUCUUUCUAUGAAGUCUUCCAGACCUCUCGAGAACAUGAAGAGGAACUUCAUCGAGAAUUUGAACUGGAAACUGAUUCACUGUUUGGGGGACUUAAAAAGGAUCCAGUGGACUUUGAAUGGAGUUUCUGGAUGGAGUGGGGCAAAGGAUAUAUACUAUAUCUUCUCCUUGGCCACAUGGUGGUAUCACAAGUUUUGAGCAUUUACAUGGAAAAGUACAAACCUUGGGUUCUGAUGGCAUAUGGUGUAGCAGCUAGUUGGUUUCUGCUGGGCACCAAUGGUUUAUUGGUGAUUUUCCUACAUGUAGCUGUCUCAUAUUUAGUUGCGCAGUUUAAGAAUUCACUUCUGACAUGGAUGAGCUCGUUGCUGCUUUUGUCAACUUUGCACUUCCCUGCUCUGGAAGAAAUAAAGAGAAGCUGGUAUGCCAGUGAAAAUGAGUACUUCUUGCUUCUGUUCGCUCUGACUGUCCGCUGCCUCUAUUAUACAAGCUUCAGCCUUGAGUACUGCUGGAGCAAACCUACCAAGAUGACUGAGCCCUCGUUCCUUUGGAUGCUGGCAUACGUGUUCUAUUAUCCUGUGUUUCACAAUGGGCCCAUCAUCACGUUUGAUGAAUUUUAUAAACAGAUGAAUAAACACGGUUCCUGCAGACUGAAGUCUAAUCUUUGUGUUUUCAUCCGUGGCACCAUUCGUAUUUUGAUCUGGUGGUGCCUGGCAGAGUUGAUGAUUCACCUUAUGUAUAUACAUGCAAUAUGCAGUAGCCCUUCACAUCUGGAAGCAGCAACCUAUUGGACCUUAGGUGGCCUUGCCUUGGCACAAGUCCUGUUUUUUUACGUGAAGUAUCUUGUUCUUUUUGGUGUCCCUGCACUUAUCAUUCAAAUGGAUGGACUCACGCCUCCUGCUUUACCUCGCUGUGUGAGCACCAUGUACAGUUUUUGUGGGAUGUGGAGAAGCUUUGAUGUAGGACUGCACAGGUUUCUCAUUAGGUAUAUUUACAUCCCAAUGGGAGGAUCUCGCUGCAAUAUGUUUAAGAUGCUGUUUUCUAUGGCAGUCACAUUUGCUUUUGUCAGUUAUUGGCACGGCGGUGAUAGCUACCUCUGGUCCUGGGCUCUGCUUAACUGGCUUGGAGUGGCUGCUGAAAAUGGAGUGAAGAGGCUGGUUUCUCUUCCAGUUGUCCAUAACAUGCUUAACCAUGUUUUGUCCCCAAGAAGUUCUCGGCGACUCCAUGCUGCUCUGGCAUCUGUAUCCACCACAUUCUUGAUUUUCUCCAACCUUAUAUUUCUGGGAGGAAAUCAUGUUGGCAGAAUCUACUGGAACAGGAUUUUCAUAGAAGGUUGGCCCUGGGCAACACUUUCUGUUUUUGGAUUCCUCUAUUGCUACUCUCAUGUUGGGAUUGAAUGGCAACACAGAUCCUCCCGGGCUUAACAAGUAUCUGAGUGAAGACCAUCUGAACUUUUACCAAAGGAGACCAAAUAUUGUAGAGAUAUGAAUUUUUCUCUUCAAUACAAUACUGUGCCAACAUACCAAUAUAGCCUGUAGUGCCUGGUGGUGUAUGGAUUCCAUAUCAACAUGCACUCAUCAGGAUGAGACAGACCUUUGAAACUCUAGAGGACAUUUAACCUAAACCGAAUUGCAUAAAUGUUGACUUCUCAAGAUCCCAUUGACUCAGUUGGUCUGCUGAAAUUGGGAUUGCAUUUUUUUUUAUUUACACCAUUGUCAUCUACAAUGAAUUUUGAUCUUGUUUUAUGAAAUAGAAAUACUUUUUAAAACAUUUCUCUUGGGAUACUAUUUAAAUUAUAAUAGUUAUUUUAAUUUGUAUGUCUAUCUAUAUGCAAGAGAAGACAAUGCACAUUUUAAAGGAAGCUUCUUAAAGCUAUUGAAAAUUUCAGCACUGACUUUAUAGUGCUCUGUAUUUGGGUGGGGGGUUCAUUCUCAUAUCAUCCUGAAAUAUUUUGUUGCCUGAGAAUAACAACUGGCAGUUUCAUCUGACUUCCAUGUUGGUGAUGGAACUAUUCUCCACUGUACCUAAGAAAACCAAGAUUAUGGCAACAAGAAUGAUUGACAACUGGAAAA